CCGUCUCCCCGUCGGCGUCGUCGGGGUUGGGUUCAUCACACCGUCCCGUUUCCUAUGCACGCCGUCACGCGCAGAGGCACGAAGCGCCGGUCGUCGAGCAACAAGGCUGUUGGGCCCAGGCACGCAGCCAACGGAGGGGCCACUGCCAUACGGCGUGCAUUCCGCCACCCGUGAAGCCACAUCGUGGUUACUUCCCCCAGCCGCCAAUCAAACCUACCAGUUCCAGCCAGAGCCAGCCUUCCCCUUCGCCAUGGCGGCCUCCGCCGCAGCUCAACGUAGAUCUGCAGGAAGUAGGACGACGUACGAGAGGGCAGAGCUCGAGGCGCUCAGGGACGCCCCGUCGAAGGAGGCUCACGCGCGGCUCUGGGCCGACGUCCGCGCUACCCUUGUCGCCUCCGGGUUCUCCGGUGAGUAUGACGGGCUGCUCGUUGCCGAGGAGGACGUGAGGAGCAGGAGGGGUAAUAGGGGGAUGAAGGCUAUGAGCGUGAGGAAGUGGCCCGAAGAGGCGGCGGCGGCGGCCCGGUUUUUGGGCGUGGCAGAGAUUGGUGCACACAGAAAUGGGGAUCUGGCGGUUUGUCACGAACACCGAUUUGUAUCUGCUCAUGACCAUGCUGGGACGUCUGGAGUGGUUGAAGAGUCGUUUCAUCAAGGUGAAGAUGUUGAAUGUGAAGAUGACAGUGAUGAUGACUAUAACGGAAUUCUGAAGCCUGCAUUUGCUGUGGAUGGAGAUCCAGAUUUUGAGUCUGGUGAGCCACUUGAUGGCUUUGAGUACCUUCGGCGUGUCAGGUGGGAAGCUAACCAAAUUCCUAGAGUCAAGGUGGCCAAGAUAUAUUCAAGUGCAGCUAGAAAUGAGCAAACUCCUUAUAUGCCAGAAAUUCCGGAUAUACCAAAGUGCUUACCUGAUUUGCGUGCGUCAAAACAAUGGGAGGACAGAUUUAUCGUCGACUUUGAGGAAACCAGGAUGGUGCUCUCUGAGCUUGACAAUUCUGAUGAACCAUCUGUAUCUAGUGGGACAAAAAUCUCAACAAAACCUGGCAGCGGGACGGAGCCACAGACUGACCCGACGCUGACAAUGAUUCGCAGCAUGGAUGCAGUGUCAAGAGCUGCGACACUUCGGAACUACAUCGAUAUGAUUCAGAGCUUGGAUGCACUAUCAAGGAACAACUGCAUGUGGCUCUUCGCACUCUGUGUUGCCGUUCACACUCCCCUGGACGCGGAGACAUGUGCCUCACUGAGGUCCUUGCUGCGCAAGUGCGCCAGCAUCCUUGCCACCAAGACUGAGAUGGACGAUGAAGUCGUAAUGCUGAAUAUACUGAUGACAAUUUCGGGAAGGUAUUUUGGACAGGACGAAAGCUGAAAACAGCAAUUGAAAUUGGAGAUCAGGAUAACACCAUUGCAAUGCUGAAUUCUCACCGAUAGUUUGAUGUCAGAAUAUAUUAUAUUUAUUAUUAUAUAUGUGAAAGUUAUGUUUC